AUGUACGCGGCUCGAGAUUCACUGGUGUACCACAUGACAGUCGAUACAGCAACAAUUAUCGAAGAUAUAGAUGAGGAGUACCUCAUGAAAUUGGUUUUAAGGUUUUGCCACGGGCUUGACACGUCCUACAUCAAACUCGAUGAUAUUGUGACUUCGAUACUAGCUGGCCUACCUGAUAAAAUUACGAUUCAUGAAAUUUACAACUUUGCUUCUGAGGUAAUAGCGAGUAGGGUGAUACAUCACCCUGAUUAUGCUAUACUUGCUGGACGAAUGGUUUCACACCUUUUACAGUUGCAAGUACCAUACAGAUUCAGUGAAAACAUACAACGAUUGAAGGAUACCACAAACUCGCGAGGAGAGCCAUAUUCCCAAAUGUCGGACAAUUUUUAUGAGAUUGUUAUGAAACACAGAGAAGAGUUUGACGGAAUUAUAAAGAAAACGGAAAAGAUUGAGUUGGCUUAUUUUGGAAUCAAGACUUUGGAAAACUCAUAUCUUUGGAGAACUGGCAACAAAAUAGCUGAAACUCCAGAAUACAUGUUUCUCAGAGUGGCUAUAGAAAUUCACCAAGAUGACAUACAAGCGGUUGAGGAAACAUACGUACUAAUGUCCCAAAAAUACUUCAUCCAUGCACUGCCAACACUAUAUAAUGCCGGAUGCGCGUACAACUACCUUUCAUCCUGCUUUUUGUUAGCAAUGAAGGAUGAUUCAAUUGAUGGGAUCUAUCAAACGCUUCAUGAAGCGGCGUUAAUUUCUAAAGCUUCUGGCGGUAUUGGAAUUCAUAUUCACAAUAUUAGGGCCCAAGGCUCGCAUAUAGCCAGCACCAAUGGAAGAGCAGGUGGAGUAGUUCCCAUGUUACGAGUAUUCAACAACACUGCCCGAUAUGUUGACCAAGGUGGAGGCAAAAGACCAGGAGCUUUCGCUAUCUACUUGGAGCCUUGGCAUGCCGAUGUGUUUGAGAUUUUAAACAUGAGAAAGAAUCAUGGGAACGAAGAGUUUCGUACGAGGGAUUUGUUUUAUGGGUUGUGGAUUCCUGAUUUGUUUAUGCAAAGAGUAAAGUCCGGCGGUGAUUGGUCUUUGUUUUCUCCCGAUGUAGCGCCGGGGUUGAGUGAUGUAUAUGGAAGUGAAUUUAUUGAGUUGUAUGAGAAAUACGAAGCACAAGGAUUGGCGUCUGCCACAAUAAAGGCUCAGAAACUUUGGCUUGCGAUUUUGGAGUCACAAACUGAAACGGGUGGACCCUACAUGUUGUACAAAGAUGCAUGCAAUCAGAAAACCAAUCAGUCGAAUCUAGGCACAAUUAAAUCGUCAAACUUGUGCUGUGAAAUUGUUGAAUAUUCUUCUCCAAGUGAAACCGCUGUUUGCAAUUUGGCAUCAUUGGGUCUCCCUUCUUUUCUUCAAUCCACAGAAGAUAGCAUUGAGUUUGAUUUCGACAAAUUGCACUCUGUGACUAAAGUCGUCACAAGGAAUUUGAACAAGGUGAUUGAUGUUACACGCUACCCGGUAAACUCAGCGGAAAGAUCAAACAAAAAGAAUCGACCAAUAGCUAUAGGCGUACAAGGUCUAGCUGAUUUAUUUCUCGAAUUGAGGUUACCAUUUGACUCUCUAGAGGCUAAAAAACUCAAUUCGCAAAUCUUUGAAACCAUCUAUCAUGCUGCUGUAGAGGCCUCACUUGAAUUAUCUAUACUUGAGGGUCCUUACUCAACCUUUGCUGGAUCUCCAGCUUCGCAAGACAUUUUGCAAUUUGAUAUGUGGAAUCAAAAACCAGAAUUCUAUGAUGACUGGGAUCAGUUAAAAGAUAAUGUGAGGAGUCAUGGGUUGAGAAACUCACUUUUAGUAGCUCCCAUGCCUACUGCUUCAACAUCUCAAAUCUUAGGGUUCAAUGAGUGUUUCGAACCAUACACCUCCAACUUGUAUACUCGUCGAGUGAUAUCAGGCGAAUUUCAAGUGGUGAACAAGUAUCUCAUAAGGGAUUUGGUGGAUUUGGGAAUUUGGAAUUCAGCAUUAAGGAGCAAAAUCAUUCAAGAUGGUGGAUCAAUCCAAAAUAUACCAGUGAUACCUGGGGAUAUUAGAAAACUUUACCGAACAGUUUGGGAGUUGAAACAAAAGGAUAUCAUAGAUAUGGCUGCAGAUAGAGGAAAGUUCAUCGACCAACUGCAAAGCAUGAAUAUUUAUAUGCUGAAUCCAACCAUAGGUAAACUCACCAGCUGUCAUUUUCAUGCCUGGGAAAAAGGUUUGAAAACGGGCAUGUAUUACUUACGAACACAAGCUGCUGCGAGAGCCAUCCAAUUCACUGUUGAUAAGGAAGAAGUGGCCUCAGCCGAGCAUCAACAAGUUCAAAAGAGUUUGAAGAGAAAGAAGUAUAUUGAAGGUAGUCAAAGGAGGAGCAGCAGGAAAGUGUCUGCUUAUGCAACUCCGAAUUCGGAGGUUUAUGAUAUUCAUGACACCACGCCAGUGGCUUGCGAUAUAAGAUAUGCUAACAACUGUGAAUCCUGUUCUGGUUAA